GAAGAGCCCUUUGUCAUGGUGUCUGAAAAUGUUCUGGGAAAACCAAAGAAGUAUCAGGGCUUCUCAAUAGACGUGUUGGAAGCCUUGGCUACCUACCUUGGCUUUAAAUAUGAAAUCUAUGUUGCACCGGAUCACAAAUAUGGGAGUCCUCAGGAUGAUGGGUCGUGGAAUGGACUGAUAGGAGAACUGGUAUUUAAGAGAGCUGAUAUAGGGAUCUCUGCCCUAACCAUCACCCCUGACCGUGAAAAUGUGGUGGACUUCACAACGCGUUACAUGGACUACUCAGUGGGUGUGCUGCUUCGAAAGGCAGAGAAGACAGUGGACAUGUUUGCCUGCUUGGCACCGUUUGACCUGUCCCUGUGGGCAUGCAUAGCUGGUACCGUGCUGUUAGUAGGGCUACUGGUCUACCUCUUGAACUGGCUCAACCCCCCACGCCUUCAGAUGGGAUCUAUGACCUCCACAACCCUCUACAACUCCAUGUGGUUUGUGUACGGAUCCUUUGUGCAACAAGGAGGAGAGGUUCCAUACACAACUCUGGCAACCCGACUGAUGAUGGGAGCUUGGUGGCUUUUUGCUUUGAUUGUCAUCUCCUCCUACACAGCAAACCUAGCAGCUUUCCUCACCAUCACACGCAUUGAGAACUCCAUCCAGUCUCUCCAGGAUCUCUCAAGGCAGACAGAUAUUCCUUAUGGCACUGUCUUGGACUCUGCAGUCUAUGAGCACGUCCGAGUGAAAGGGAUGAAUCCUUUCGAGAGGGACAGCAUGUAUUCCCAAAUGUGGCGGAUGAUUAACAGAAGUAAUGGCUCAGAGAACAACGUCAUGGAGUCAACCGCAGGCAUUCAGAAG